AUGGACAAAGAGAUCAUCGAACCAACAUCUAAUAGCAGUCAGGGGAGUCGAGGCUCCCGCGGAUCUCAGCAAGGCGCACCUAAUCCGUACAAGAAGGACCUGAACUCAUACACACGUCCCGUCGCACAUGAUCGGAGCACCCGGGCACCUAAAGCCUUUGAGAGGAAGGACUCUCGAGGCUCGGAUGCGACCUACCAAAAGGCACUCGAAGCAGUGUCAGGUCAGGAGAGCUCCAGCGACGACCGGAAACGAUCCCCCACGUCGGCGCCGGGAAACAGCGAGGUGAACCAGCAGGUCACCAAAGAAGGAACGAGCUCACAACGAGCUAAGGAGGUGGAUGUGACAUCACAAAAUGAUGUCAAGAUCAGCCCUGCCACAUCGGAGCAGGUCAAAGAUGCUGAUCUGACUAAACCGGACCUCACUGAACAGUCAAAUGACGAAAAACUUGAUGAGCUGAAGUUGGGCGAUGUCUCACUUGACGAUGACGUCACAGUGGAAGAUCUGUUUGAGAGCCCAAUACAGUUCGACGAGAUGAUGCGAAAUCAGAAGCUCAACGAUGAAGAGUCGUACCUCACCGAAGACGAUGUGACGAUGAACAUGUCGUUCAGGACGGCAAUGAAGGAUGCCGACCGAGCUGAGGGGAUGAUAUCGUUCAAAGACAUACCCGAGCAUCUAAUCGAACGAACUCAAACUGGGAAGAUCAUCAGUGUCCGAUCUCCAUCUCCGAACAGUCCCACCUCGAAUCUGAAGAAGCAAAUCAGAGAGCUCCAAACGUCACUGGAAGAUAAAGAAUGCCAGAUGCUCCAGAAGAAACAAGAAUACCAGAACAGGAUAAACUCAUUGGAAUCUCAUGUUUAUGAGAUGGAGCAACAACAGGGUGUACUGGAAAAUAUGGUAGCUGAAUGGAAGAUCAGAUACGAACGUCAAAAGGAGCUCGCUGAAGAAGCCCAGAAGGUGGCUGACGACAAGGAAGUCGAAAAAUUCAUCGCGGUUGACGAGCUCAACGAGAGCAUGUCAGAAGAAUCGGCUGAGAGAUCACGUCACUUAGCGGAAUUGAAAGAUCAGUGUGACGAGCUUCGCAAAAAGGCGAACGAAGCUGAACUGAAACGAAACGAAUAUGCAUCCAAGCUCGCCGAAGCGACACAGAAGCUGGCCACAAUGUCAACAGAUAUGCUGAAGCUCAGAAACGAUCUGAAGCUGCGGGACGAGAACAUCGCCACCCUCCAAAGGGAGUCGCAAGCUCAUCAGAAACGAGCUGAUGAGGCACUCCAGGUGGCAAAGGAGCUCACGGAGCUCGGAGCAACUGAGGGAGAGCGACUCAAAGCGGGAAUUAAAGAGGUUAACGAGGAAAAUGAGAAACUCAUGAACGAAAGUCAAAAGUGGCAGGCUCAAGCAUACCGGCUGGACACAAUGGUCACAGCUCUCGAGAUAGCUGACAAGGAGAAUCAACGAAAGGUCCACGAGCAGCUCGAAGAGAACAUCAGGCUCAACACGGAGCUGACCGAAAUGGCGACAACGGCAAUGCUCAGAGAAGAUGAAGCUACAGAAAUGAGAAACCAGCUGAGAUCAGCAGCUGAGGAGUACACCCGGUUAGAAGGUGAGGUGACCCAGCUAGUCGAACAGAUCAAGAAGAUGGAAAAUGAGACCGAGAAGAUUGUACAGGAAAAGACAUUCCAACUUCAUAAUCAUAUGCAAAAAGUGAAACAGGAGAAUUCUAACCUGAAAAUACAACAGGAAGAAUUCCAGCUGAAAAUCAAACGACUGGAAGAUGAGAACAAAGCUCUCCAGGUGACAAAUAAGCACAAGGAUGAACAACUAUGUCAGUUCGGUGUGAAGAAAGCAACCGACGAAUCACCCCCGCCCAGUUACAGUAAGGCACAAGGGACUGGCGGGAGUGCUCACUUUGAAAUGCCGCUACGAACGGGUGGCGGCAGAGGUGAUCCGAAAAUGGAAAAAGACGAUGAAGCCUCUGAUAAACGGAACCCGUCGAGUAGUCACCAGCCAUUUAUGAGCUCCGGUGACCCAUCGCAGUCUCAACAACCCAUUGAAACGGCAGUUAAAGACGAUGCAAAUCGAGAUGCACGGUCCCCUCGACAUGAACACGACGGGAGAUAUUUCAGAGAAAUCCCAAAUGAACGAAACCAGCGGAAUGAGCGAAACGACCGAAACGAAGAUCGUGCCCAAAGGGAAUUCAAUAGGUCCAUCAAAAACAUGGGCCGAAAAACCGACCUAGCAACCUUUGACGGUAACCGAGAUGCUGUGAAUGGAUGGAUUCGCAUUAUAAAAGAGACACAGCGCACAUAUGAUCUGACUGAUGAGCAGAUCAUGAUCGACAUAGCCAGUGCUGUAAGGGGACCAGCAAAGAUCUGGUUCGACAGCGAAAGAGACAUCGAAGAAGCGGAAGAAGAAGUCUAUACGGUUACGGAAUGGCUCAAUAAAUUCAGAGAUGAGUAUGGUGAUCGAAACGAGGAAGUUCUCGGCCUACGCGAAGCUAUGGCCAGAAAGUUCAAACCCGGUAAAGAAACACUUGAACAGUUUUACCAGGCGAUUAUGAAGUUUAAGGCGAAGAAGGCAAUCACCGAACUACAAGCGGUGGCAUUCCUCAUAGAUGGAUGCAGAGUUGAUAAUAACCUAUACAAUGCCUUGAAAACGAAGGGGUUCAAGACGCCAACAGAAAUAAAGGACUUCUUCAGAUCGUGGGCAGCUGGUGAAGAUAAAUAUAAGGUGGUGGAAGGUCAACGCAAUCAACCGGAGAUCGUGACCAUCCGAUCGGGCCAAGUUGAGAUGGCACCGAGACAGUACGCAGCUGCACCAGCUCAACAAGCGGAAUAUCGGCCGAGAUCACCAGCUCCGGUCCAGAAUCAAGUGACUUUCAUCGAUAGUCAGACGGGACAACCGAUCACAUAUGCCAUGGUCGCUGCGAUACAAGCGCAGGCACAGGCCAGACCAGUGGCACCGGCAAAUGUAAUGCCGAAACCCCUGAACGUAGGGGUGCCACCUCAACAAGGAAGGCCCAAUAAUCAAUACGGAAAUGGUAACAAUAACUGGAAUAAUGGACAAGGUAACGGAAAUGCCAACUGGAAUAACGGCCAGGGAAACGGCAACUUUAACCAAAACCGGAACCAAGGGAACCAGCAGAACCGUGGCAACUAUCAGCCCCAGCAGGGUUCCCGAACGGAAUGGAAAUUUGGCCAAAUCGACGAUUGGGUCACCCAGGGCGUGCAGCUGUGCCAGAACUGUGGAUUUGGCAACCACGACGCACAGAACUGCAUGUUCGCCAACAUGCCACUAAACCGGAACCCGAACUUGUUCGCCACCCAAGAGUGGGAACGUCUCCGCACCCAGGGCGGCUGGCGACAGGCGGUAGCGAACGGCUACGACCUGGUCGCAGCUUGGCGCCAGUUCAAGCAACAGAACGGCGGCAACCAAGGAGGUGGCCAGGGUGGCGGAUAUAACGGUGGAGGCAGAGGUGGCUUCCGCGGACGAGGUCGCGGCAAUGGACGCGGUAACGGACGCGGCGGAUACGGAAACCGGAAUGGAGGUGGCUGGCGCGCCAACAAUAAUGGUGGUGGCGGCGACCAGAAUAACGGUGGCGGCGCGAACGGCGCUAACCAGGGGCGGCAAAACGAGCAAGCCCCGCAGCAGCAAAUGAACCAGGGAAACGACCAAGAUCAGUAG